UUAAGCUGUUUUUGUAAAACAAUAACUGAGAUUUACGAUAAAAACCUGAUAUUUUAAAGGUUAUUUCUCAUCAUGUUGUAUCAGACUGUGUUGGUCAUUCCUAGUCUGUCUUUAAUCCAUCAGCACUGGUUGGAGGUCAUCAUCCACCACAUUAGUCUUUGUCAUGGGGCCCGUCGCUAGCUUAACCUCUACAUGCUCUCUGCUGGCAUUCUGCAGAUAAACUACAGUUAUUUUGGUCUAGAUGUUCAUAGAGGUCUAGAUGAUGGUGUUCAUAGAGGUCUAGGUGUUCAUAGAGGUCUAGGUGUUCAUAGCGGUCUAAAUGUUCAUAGAGGUCUCGGUGUUCAUAGAGGUCUAGAUGUUCAUAGAGGUCUAGAUGUUCAUAGAGGUCUCGAUGUUCAUAGAGGUCUAGAUGAUGGUGUUCAUAGAGGUCUAGGUGUUCAUAGAGGUCUCGGUGUUCAUAGAGGUCUAGAUGUUCAUAGAGGUCUAGGUGUUCAUAGAGGUCUAGGUGUUCAUAGAGGUCUAGAUGAUGGUGUUCAUAGAGGUCUAGGUGUUCAUAGAGGUCUAGAUGUUCAUAGAGGUCUAGGUGUUCAUAGAGCUCUAGGUGUUCAUAGAGGUCUAGAUGUUCAUAGAGGUCUAGAUGAUGGUGUUCAUAGACGUCUAGGUGUUCAUAGAGGUCUAGAUGAUGGUGUUCAUAGAGGUCUAGAUGAUGGUGUUCAUAGAGGUCUAGGUGUUCAUAGAGGUCUAGAUGUUCAUAGAGGUCUAGGUGUUCAUAGAGCUCUAGGUGUUCAUAGAGGUCUAGAUGUUCAUAGAGGUCUCGGUGUUCAUAGAGGUCUCGGUGUUCAUAGAGGUCUAGAUGAUGGUGUUCAUAGAGGUCUAGAUGAUGGUGUUCAUAGAGGUCUAGAUGAUGGUGUUCAUAGAGGUCUAGAUGAUGGUGUUCAUAGAGGUCUAGAUGUUCAUAGAGGUCUAGGUGUUCAUAGAGGUCUAGGUGUUCAUAGAGGUCUAGAUGUUCAUAGAGGUCUCGGUGUUCAUAGAGGUCUAGAUGUUCAUAGAGGUCUAGGUGUUCAUAGAGGUCUAGGUGUUCAUAGAGGUCUAGAUGUUCAUAGAGGUCUAGAUGAUGGUGUUCAUAGAGGUCUAGAUGUUCAUAGAGGUCUAGGUGUUCAUAGAGGUCUCGGUGUUCAUAGAGGUCUAGGUGUUCAUAGAGGUCUAGGUGUUCAUAGAGGUCUAGAUGAUGGUGUUCAUAGAGGUCUAGAUGUUCAUAGAGGUCUGGGUGUUCAUAGAGGUCUAGAUGAUGGUGUUCAUAGAGGUCUAGAUGAUGGUGUUCAUAGAGGUCUAGGUGUUCAUAGAGGUCCAGAUGAUGGUGUUCAUAGAGGUCUAGAUGUUCAUAGAGGUCUAGGUGUUCAUAGAGGUCUCGAUGAUGGUGUUCAUAGAGGUCUAGAUGUUCAUAGAGGUCUAGGUGUUCAUAGAGGUCUAGAUGUUCAUAGAGGUCUAGGUGUUCAUAGAGGUCUAGAUGAUGGUGUUCAUAGAGGUCUAGGUGUUCAUAGAGGUCCAGAUGAUGGUGUUCAUAGAGGUCUAGAUGUUCAUAGAGGUCUAGGUGUUCAUAGAGGUCUCGGUGUUCAUAGAGGUCUAGAUGUUCAUAGAGGUCUAGAUGUUCACAGAGGUCUAGGUGUUCAUAGAGGUCUAGGUGUUCAUAGAGGUCUAGAUGUUCAUAGAGGUCUAGAUGUUCACAGAGGUCUAGGUGUUCAUAGAGGUCUAGGUGUUCAUAGAGGUCUAGGUGUUCAUAGAGGUCUAGAUGUUCACAGAGGUCUAGAUGUUCACAGAGGUCUAGGUGUUCAUAGAGGUCUAGGUGUUCAUAGAGGUCUAGAUGUUCAUAGAGGUCUAGGUGUUCAUAGAGGUCUAGAUGAUGGUGUUCAUAGAGGUCUAGGUGUUCAUAGAGGUCCAGAUGAUGGUGUUCAUAGAGGUCUAGAUGUUCAUAGAGGUCUAGGUGUUCAUAGAGGUCUCGGUGUUCAUAGAGGUCUAGAUGUUCAUAGAGGUCUAGAUGUUCACAGAGGUCUAGGUGUUCAUAGAGGUCUAGGUGUUCAUAGAGGUCUAGAUGUUCAUAGAGGUCUAGAUGUUCAUAGAGGUCUAGGUGUUCAUAGAGGUCUAGGUGUUCAUAGAGGUCUAGAUGUUCAUAAAGGUCUAGAUGGUCUAGAUGUUGGUGUUCACAUAAAAUCUGAGUAAAAUGACUCAAAAAUGGACCACAAUUUUCAUAUUACAGACUUGUGUAGUUUCUCAGUAAAUUAUCAGGAUGAUAGCAGCUUAAUGAAUCCAAACAGACGGAUCUGUUAGUGCGAUUUAUCGUCGUCACGUGGAUUUAAUG